AAUUGUACAACUAAGGCACAAGCUAAAACCCACAAUGGUGCACUUCAGGGCUUUCUCCACCUCCCUUGUUCUUUUGCUCCUCCUUUUCACCUCCUUUGCAGUGAUCUGUCCUUCAGCUGCCAAUGGAGUCCGUGCACUUUCAGCGGAGAGUCAUGGUGGAAAAUCACAUCGGAUGUGGAAGAAGAAGGGGCGGAUGAACCAUGGAAGCUUUCGUGGCCCUCGGAAGCACCUUGUCAAUCCGGCUCUAGAGCAUCCCUUUCAAGUCCCCGAGCUGCCUGUAUAGUUUCUUGAACGCAGCUGAUUUUCAAAGGAGUUUGUCUCCUAUGUGUUUAUGUUAUUGACUUUUUCUCUGGAGAAAUCAGAUAUUAAGUUUCCUGUGUGGGUAUUUUCAUUUUGUUUUUGCAAAUAUGUUACCUCCGGAUAUCAGCAGUUUAUCUGCAAUACUAUAUGUACCUCCUUGUAUUGCUGCACAUAAUUCAGUAAACUGAUUUUUCCAGU